AUGGCUCCUAGUAAAGGAUGGAUGGAUCUUGUUGGUGAUCGUCUUAAUGAUGUAUAUUUACGUGGGGUUGAGGAAUUUUUAGACUAUGCUUUUAGAAAAACUGGGAGGCAUGGGGAUAUACAUUGUCCAUGUGUCAAGUGUAGUAAUACGUAUUCCGCCACACGAGAAGUGGUAGGGACACAUCUCAAGGUGUAUGGAAUAAUACGUAAUUGUACAUUUUGGUAUCACCAUGGAGAAAGGGUAGGUGAAUCAGAAUCUAAUUUAGAAAGUGUUCAACAAAGUGAAGAUGAGCCUAGCAAUGAGAUGCAUGACAUUUUAAGGGAUUUGUAUCCAGAGUUUUGUGGUCAAGAUACAAAUGAUAUGGAUACGGAUAUCUUCGCUUGUGAUAUUCAUAAAGAGGAACCGAAUGAGGAAGCGAAUAAAUUCUAUAGGUUACUAAGAGAUUUUGAGCAACCAUUAUACCAAGUUUCUAAGAGCUCAAAGUUAUCUUGCUUAGUCAAAUUGCUCCAUAUCAAGAGCCUUGGUCGAUGGAGUAAUGAGUCAUUUACUAUGUUAUUGCAAUUAUUGAAAGAUGAAUUAUUACCUCAAGGAUCUAAUUUGCCACAAUCGUAUUAUGAUGCAAAGAAAACUGAUAAAUAUAUUGGGGAAGACAAGGUUAAAACCAAUGGGAAGAGAAUACCAAAAAAAAUUAUGCGUUACUUUCCACUAAAGCCAAGACUUCAAAGAUUGUUUAUGUCCACAAAGACAGCGUCUUUGAUGAGAUGGCAUAAAGAUAAAAGGGUAGAUGAUGGAGUGAUGAGACACCCUGCUGAUUCAAUGGCAUGGAUUUCCUUUGAAAAACUACAUCCAAAUUUUGCCUCAGACUCUCGCAAUGUGAGACUAGGCCUUGCUAGUGAUGGAUUUCAACCUUUUGUCAAUUCAAAAAUGCCAUAUAGUGUUUGGCCAGUUUUACUCAUUCCAUACAAUUUGCCACCUUGGAUGUGCAUGAAACAAUCAAAUUUUAUUUUAUCAAUGCUUAUUCCAGGUUGGAGUACUAAGGGAAAGUUGGCUUGUCUUUGUUGUAAUAAAGACACCUGUUGGAUGAGGUUGGCCAAUGGAGGCAAGCAAUGUUAUAUGGGUCAUCGGCGAUAUCUUCCUCUUAAUCACAAAUGGAGAAAUGAUAGUGAAUCUUUUGAUGGCACAAGGGAGCGAGGGUUACCACCCAAGCCACUUUCAGGAAAUGAUAUACUUGAUCAAGUGAAAAUUCUUGAAGGGGUCAUAUUAACUAAGGCUCCUCAUAUGAAGAAAGCAAUCUCACAUGAUGGUAGGGGGGACAAUUGGAAUAAAAAGAGUAUAUUCUUUGACCUUCCAUAUUGGUGGACCUUAUUGCUACGUCACAACUUAGAUGUCAUGCACAUUAAAAAGAAUAUAUGUGAUAAUAUACUAGGGACAAUCAUGAACAUAAAGGGAAAAACUAAAGACGGCAAUAUUUCUCUUUGUGUAAACAUGAAAGAGAGUAAAAUCUCAGGAUUAAAGAGUCAUGAUUGUCACGUUCUUCUAUUACAUAUACUUCCUCUUGCAAUACGUGGUUUACUUCCUAAAGUAGUAUAUGAACCACUUGUUGAGCUGUCAUUGUUCUUCACUCAUUUAGGAGCAAAGUCAUUAAAGGUAGAUGUAUUGGAGCAAUUAGAAAAGCAAAUUCCUAUAACUCUUUGCAAGCUAGAAAGGAUCUUUCCACCUUCAUUCUUUGACAUUAUGGUGCAUUUGCCUAUGCAUUUGGCUAAUGAAGCUAAAAUUGGUGGACCAGUACAAUAUCGUUGGAUGUACCCAAUAGAACGAGCAUUACAUUCAUUUAAGUCAUGUAUUCGUAAUAGAGCUUGUGUAGAGGGUUCAAUUACAGAUGCAUACAUUGCAAAUGAGUGCAUGACUCUUUGCUCAAGGUACUUCCAUGGCAUUGAGACAAAGUUCAAUCGAAUGGAGCGCAACUAUGAUGGUGGCAGUAAUAAAAAUAAAGGAGGCUUAUCAAUUUUCUCCAAAGUAGGACGAGGAUUAGGUGCCAGUAAAACUCGUGAUCUUGAUACACAGGAGUGGGAGCAAGCUCAUAUUUAUGUUGCAUGGUUGCAUAAAAAUGACUCAAGUCCAAUGAUGGGAACCCUACUCUCAUUAUCACGCGGUCCUACUCGAUAUGUGACAUCUUUUUAUGGUUGCAUUGUUAAUGGGUAUAGGUUUCAUAUUGAAUCUCAUGACAAAGGUUUGAGGACACAAAAUAGUGUAGUUGUUGUAAUUGGAGAUAUUGGUGAUGAAGUUAACAACAUAGAUUACUAUGGUGUCUUAAUUGAUAUUAUUCAAUUGCAAUAUCUUAGAGGAAGAUACAAUAUUCACAAAGGCUGGCAUUGUGUGAUAAAGGCACAUCCUCGAGAUUCCUAUGACAUCCCAUUAGAAGAAGAUAUUGACCUGUUUGAUUUGAAUCAAUUAGGUGAAGCAUAUCAAGUCGAUGAAUCAUCAAUCUUGAAUCUGGAGAAACAACUACAGUUGAUGCAAAUGACCAAAUUAGUUGGAAGAGGAUGGAUAUAG